AUGGCCAAGUUCAAUGUGAGAGGUACUAGUAGUAACAGAAAGAAGAGUAGAGGUAGCAUUGUGAAGCUCAUUGAGAAGCUACAAAAAAGGCUAUUACUAGUGAGAAACAAAUCAUCAUCAACCUAUGUGCCAGAGGAUGUAAAAGAAGGACAUUUUGCUGUUAUAGCAGAAGGUAUGAAAGAACAAGAAUCAGAGAGAUUUGUGCUUCCAUUGAGUUGUUUAACAAAUCCAAUAUUUGUGAAGCUAUUGGAGCAAGCAGAAGAAGAGUAUGGUUUUGAUCAUGAAGGUGCACUAACCAUUCCUUGCAAGCCUAGUGAGCUUCACAAGAUGUUGCAACAAUGGCAACAUGAGGAGGAAGGUGGUGCUCAUGAAACUGGUACAACAUGGAAUUCUUGCAAUAACUCCAUGGUUUUUCAAAACUACUGA